AUGGAUGCUUACUUGAUAGACGAUCGACGAAUUCGUAUCACAACAGUUCGUAGGUGUAGAUCACGACAACGACUCAUUCUGCAUUUACGUUUCAAUGCCACAACCUUUUCGUUACCUACUCAGAGUGAUCCAAUUAGCUCAUGCCCGUGGUGGUUUGCCAAGAGGUGUAUCUUUGUUGGGUACUUCACCCAUGUCACCUUACCCAAGCAAAUAAUGUCAACAAUUAAAAGCGAUGCACUGCCCGAGGCACUGAUCAGUAUCGAUGAGAAAGGAAACAGCACUCGAUAUGCAUUACGUUUGCACGAUGCCCGUGCCAACAAAUCGGAGCCCAAACAUCAAUUGGCCGUUUGCUUGCAACCGAUAUUCCUUCUCGCCGAUUGGACCAUUCUCAUACAGUUUUUCGAGACAUGGAUAGUGCAAGGAGCAACAAAAUUUUAUAUAUAUGCUCAUUCAAUGGCACCCGAAGUGGAUGCUUUGCUGAGGGUAUAUGAAGCAGAUACUAAUAUCGACGUUGAACGUGUUCAUUGGGCACCUUUACCUGUUAAUAAGAAUACGUCAGCUGAUGAUGACCCGAACUAUCUUAUUUAUAGAACAGAGGUUGUAACAGCAGUGAAUGACUGUGUCCUUCGUUCGCGUGGACAAACGAAAUACGUUGUUUCAUCGGAUCUCGAUGAAAUAAUUGUACCGUUCAAGAACGUCUCUCUACUCGACCUCGUUCACUCACUUCACCACGAUUCACCUAAAGUUGCCGCGUUUGUGUUUUUGAGCAGUUACGCUUCAUUUCAGGUGAUUGAUCAAUGA